CUUCUCUUCAUUGAAUGCUCUUCUAUUUAUACUCUCCUUGACCCGCCUUUUCUACUUCGUAGUUGUUGUGUGUCAGAGGAUUGGUUUAGCGAUCAUCAUUGUAUUAUUACUUUUGUAGGUUUAUACCUAUGAUCGGCCGUCAGUACAGCCUACGUCAUUAGGCAUCUGUUCCUUGCGUGCGCGCCGAGGGUUUAUCGAUCCGGUUGGACCGGUCAUUUGUUAUUGGGCUUCUUCUUUCAUGUCCGACUCGUGAGUGGGAAGAAGGCCCAUCCUCCAACAGACACAGCCAAGGGAUUACAGAGCUGAAGUGCACCGAGGAUUGCUGACAACAAGAACUUCAAGUCCUAGACACCUUGUUCUGCUGAUGGAGAACUCAUUAGGCUAGUGGGGACCUGGGGUGGGGUGGGGUUUGGUGCUUGUUGAGAUAGCGGAACCGAUUAAUUAUCAAUGAUUUUUCUCUGUUUUCGGUAGAAUAAAGAAGAUUUAUUUUUGUUGUUUCAAGUCGUCUCCUCUGGUCCCCGAAAGUGUAAAAACCAAAAACCACAAGGUUUGAUAAUUAACAGUGACAUAACAUUUUGCGUGAUUGGUUUACAAAAUGCAUCGCUCCUUCAAAUGUAUUUCUCUCUUAAGAAAUAGAUAUGAUAUUGAGAGAUAGACACGGUCGUUUUAAGUCGAUGGACUUAGUAAGAUAGAAGAACGUGUAGAAGUAGUACAAGCAUUAAAAGCAGUACACAUUGUUGAAUUAUUCAACUGUUUCUGCUCACACUAUCUCACACACUACAUAUAUAUAAAGUCAUUUUCAUCGUAAUUAUUCUGAUCAUUCCAUUUAUUUCCUUUUACGUUCAUUAUUGAUAUUAAGAGAGGGAUAACGAAGAAGAUGAAGCUUUGUUCUGUUUCUUUCAUCUCCAGCUUAAUAGCUCUUCAGCUUCUACCUCUGUUCACCAUAGUUAAUGGUCAGCAAGCUACGGAUUCGUGCAAUUCAACUCUACCUCUCAAGGACCUCGCCUUCGACUCGCGCCACCAUCAAUGCGUGGAAGUUUGGAGAGUCCAGAAUUACAUCCUCCGAUAUGCUAGAACGGUGGAAAACACAUGGAGUUUCAUCUUAUCGGCGCCUGAUUCCAGUGCCUACAUCGGGAUCGGAUUCUCGACCACCGGUCAGAUGGUCGGAAGCAGCGCAGUGGUCGGGUGGAUUACUUCCGACAGCAGGAGCGGAAGCGCGAAACAGUACUUACUCGGAGGGAAAUCACCUGGUGAAGUGAUACCUGACCAAGGAGAUCUCAAGAUCAUCAACGGCUCGUUAAAGAUUGAGUCAGUGUCGUCGCGUCUUUACCUGAGUUUCCAGUUGAGGGCGGAGCUGCCGCGGGAGAGGCUUCUUUACGCUAGGGGACCUGCCGAAUUCUUCCCAUCUUCGCCGGACUUUAGGUUGAGAGAACACCAGUUCAUGACCACCACGACCAUUAAUUAUAAUACAGGACCUGCUACAUUUGGACCAUCCAUGUCUCCAGGUCCAGGGUCGUCCCCGCCUUCUCCUUCAUCUGCCUACGGCCUCUCACCGUCUCUUCUCUUCUUGUUCAUGGGCCUCGUAGCUCUGAAAUUUUACUAAUUUCCUUGUUUCAUAUUUUCUUUCUGUUUUCAUCCCCAUGUUAUCUAAUUCAUGCAUUGUUGAUUUAUAGUUAUGAGAGAAAUAAAACACAUGUAUUUGGCCUUACAUUGUUGUGGAAAAUUUUUGUGCGUAUUGUGAUUUUUUUCGUGUGAGAUUUACUUCGUAUUUUCUCAAGUAUUUUAUACCAUCAAUCUUUUUGUCGUUCUUGAAUAUGGAAUCGCAACACUUGUGAACUAAAUUCCCAAGGAUACAUUUUUAACGUAAUCUUCCAAGGACAGAAGUAUUCACCAUUUCUUGAUGUAAUUAACAAGGGGUUCUCUACUGUUUCUUUAAGGUAACUUGCUUCACACGACACAUGUUUUUACUUUUGUUCUAUAAAUAAAAAACGAAUUUAAACGACAUAAAUAUUUUAUAUUCAACUGCUUAUUGACACACACUCAUAAAACUUAACAUAUAUAACUCAUUGUCGUCGUCAUCAUCAUCAUGAUCUUCCAUUACUUUCUCAUGUAUUUGCGUCUUCUUGUAGGUUGAGAGAGUUGCGUCUUCUUGUAGGUUGAGAGAGUUAGGCUCCUGGAAGCUUCCAAGCCAAAAUUGGACCAGACUUGCAUGUUGUAAUACAGAACAUUCAGCUUUAUUAUUACAAGAAAUAAUGAGUACAUUUGUUUCCUUCUAAACUAACAACUCAGCGCACCAUCUGUAGUACAGAUCUCAAACUUUUCAGCUUGAAACCAAAUUUACACAAGACUUUAACCAUAACAGUAGAAAUCUAUUCACAUCCUAAACGACAGUACAACUCUACUCACAUGUAUCAAUUCACCAUUCGCUAAAAAAAA